GCCUAGGCAACAUCCCGGAAGUGGCGGGCUACGUUAACCUGUGGCGGGCCCGGCCGUUCUGGAGCCUGAAGUUUUAGAGGCGGUGGAGGCAGCCGUCGGGAAACGGCAAGGCAGGUUGCGAUGACGUGGCGGAGGCCUUCAGCCUGCAGCCCGACCGAGUCUUAGGGACCGGGCUACAGGGCGGGGAGAACGGUGGUGGCGUCUCCCUUCUGUUCCCUAGAGCUCCGGGCGUCUGGGUGGAGGAUCUUUACUACGGAAAGCGCACGGCGACUCUGUGUUUUGCUAGUGUGUGUGCGUGUCAGGUUGCGUGUCUGGGUGUGUUGCUGUCUGGCACGCUCCCCUGACGCGUACCCUGAGUGUGCGCACCGCUGUCGGGCACUUGUGCGCAGAGCUGAGAGUUGAGGCUACCCUGUUGUAGCUUUUAAGGAGUUUACAGUCUAGUAGGAGACAGACUGACUACCCAGGGUACUUGGGGACUGGGAGGGUCAUUUAGGUCGACUGAUGGCCAGGAAAGAGUGUAUCAUGAGGGACAACUUGAAUGAGUGGGUUAACCGCGUGGAAGGAAGGCAGUGAAAGUCUGAAGGGUGUUCCGCGCGGAACGUAAAGAAUGGGUGAAACUACUCAUGAAGACGAGAGCUGAAUGUUUGGGAGAUGUGAGGAGAAAAGACUGGAAAGAAAAGUCAGCCGGGCCACAAGGCAGGGAGAGGGUCCGAGUGCCUAGCUGAGUUGGAUUCCUUUCUGCAGGAAGGAGCCAUUAAAAUCUUUUGGGGAAGAAAGCAAAGGGCUGAGAGCUAUAUUGCAUUCUUACAUCUGGGUAGAGGAUUGAUUGAAAGGACAGUGUUUGGACUUGUUUCCCUUUCAUCAGUUUUCCACUAGUCAAAUCUCAUCAUAAUUUACCUUAUCUAAAAUCCUCCAGUGACUUCCUAUGGGUUCUUUAGGAUAAGUGUUCAAAUUACUGUAGCUUACAAAGCCAUGAUCUGGCCUCCGCCUUUCUUUUUAUCCUCUUUUUAGCCUCUCGCCUCAAAUCUGUUAUUCAAACUGCUCAAACCACUUGUAAAUGCCUUUUCUGCCACCGGAAACAUUUUUUCCCCCACUUCUAGCUUUAUUCAUACAUUAGCUCUCAGCUUAAACAUUUUGGGGGCAAUUAGAGGAAUGCAGUGGUCUUUUCUUACUUUGUAGAGUAAGGUAUUUCCAUGAUACUGAAUUUACUUUCUGUGUUACCCAUUUAUUGUAAUUACUCAUUUAAUUGUGGUCUUCUGAUAAACCCUAAGCUCUGUGAGGGUGCAGCCUAUUGUACUUUCUUUCUGUAUCUCGUGCCUGGUGCUUGGCAGGUGCUUUCAAAAUAUUUGUUGAAAUAACGGAUAAUGAAAUGAGCAAAUGGGUGAAAGGAAGUUCAAUUAGGAGAAAUGAGAGCUUGGACAAAAACAGUGGUGGUAGAAAUGAAGUGGGGAUAGGGGACAGACAUAUUUCAGGGAAAGAAUGAAUAGAUCUGGUAUCUGAUUGGAACAGAAGAUGGUGCUAAGGUUUUAAACCGGAGCAACCAGAAGGAUGGUAAUUCUGUUGAAGUUCGGAGCACGCCAAUUGUGUAUCAAGAACUAGAGGUUGGCGGGGAGGGAGGAGCAUGGAUGAUAAGCUGUAUUUUGACUACACUGUAUGUGAGAUAUUUGGAAGAUGUGCCCAGAAGGCAGUUGGAAAUGAGGUGUGUUGAGGAAAGGUGUGGAUCCUUGAUUUGUGCUGGUUUGCCCAGUGCAUUUGUAGUUUUGCUUAAGGGUGUGGGUGAGAUCACUGAGGGAAGAGGUGAACUGCCUAUUGGUGAUCUAGCAAACAAGCUCCAUAAGAAUUGGCACCGUAUUAGACCUGUUUACUAUUUUAUCGCCAGUGUCAUCCAAAAAGAAUUAUUGCAUGAAGAGAGAGGGUGUCCGGUGGAAAGACAAGAGGAUUGGGAUACAACUGGGUGAGGCUUCUUGGUUAUGUGAUAUCUGAGGAGGCACCAACAGAGCCUGCAAAGAAAAGGAUAGAUGAAUAGGAGAGAAACCAGGAGGAAGAGUGCCAUGGAAGUCAAGGGAGGGGAGGGCUUCCAGGAGUGGGAGUCUGUAGAGUUGGAAAGGGCUUAAAAGAUGUCACUUGUCAGAGUGAACCGUUAUGGUACCCGAGGAGGAGGAAGGAAAGCGCUGAAAGUAAAGAAGAAGAAAACGUCAGUGAAGCAAGAAUGGGAUAAUACUGUGAAUGAUCUUACAGUUCAUCGGGCAACUCCUGAGGAUCUGAUACGUCGUCAUGAAAUACACAAAUCAAAGAACAGAGCAUUAGUACACUGGGAACUGCAAGAAAAAGCUUUGAAGAGAAAAUGGAAGAAGCAGAAACCAGAAAUUUCUCAUCUUGAGAGAAGGAGAUUAUCUAUCAUGAGGGAGAUUCUUUCUGAUCAAUACCAGAUGCAGGAUGUUUUGGAAAAAUCUGAUCAUUUGAUGGCUGAAGCAAAAGAUCUAUUUGUUGAUUUUCCUCGAAGACGCACAGGGUUUCCGAAUGUAACAGUGGCUCCUGAUUCCUCUCAGGGUCCCAUCGUGGUAAAUCAAGACCCUGUCACCCAGGCCAUUCUUAGUGAAUCUGUCAUAGAGCCUCAGGCUCUUAAUGAAGUAGAUGAUGAAGAAGAAGAAGGAACCGUUAACAGCCAGUCUGGAGAAAGUGAGAGUGAAUUGGAUAACUCUAUCAACUCUCUGUCAAAUACGAAUGUAGACAGGUUUCUCCACCAACUAAAGGAAGAUAAUUCUGACUUAAUUAAAAAAUUGUGGACUGAUAUUCAGCAGAAAAUAACAACACAGUCACAAGUAACAACCCUUCCAGAAACUCCAUCAUCUGCUCCUCCAUCAGGGGAACAAAACGCUGCUCUGAAUGCUACCAAUGCUGUCAAGAGAAUCCACACCAGGCUUCAAUCUGAAGAAUCUACUGAGACUCUAGACUCAAGCUAUGUUGUGGGACAAGUGCUGAACUCAAGGAAGCAAAAACAGUUGUUAAAUAAAGUGAAAGGAAAACUGGAUUCUCAUGCUCCUUCCAAGCAGAAAAAGAGCGUACUAACAGCUAGCACAGCCUCCACAGACUUACCAAAUAGCAAUAAUUCCAGCCUGGAUGUCCUCAAACACAUGAUAAAUGAAGUGGAACAUGAAAUGGAAGAAUAUGAACGGUGUACAGGACGUGAGGUCAAGGGACUGCAAAGUAGUCAGGGUCUCACAGGCUUCACUCUGUCUCUGGUGGGCUCCCUCUGUCGCCUGGUUCGGUACCUUAAAGAGAGUGAGCUCCAACUGCGUAAAGAAGUGGAGACAAGGCAGCAACUGGAACAAAUGUUAGGUGAUCAUCGAGAGCUCAUUGAUGCUCUUACAGCUGAAAUUCUUCUUCUCAGAGAAGAAAAUACCGCAACCCAGGCAAGGCUUCAGCAGUACAUGGUCACAACAGAUGAGCAACUUAUAUCGCUCACACAUGCCAUGAAGAACUGUCCUGUGAUAAAAAGCAAUGAAGAAAAUCAGGCAUCAGAAAGGGGAUCUACAAGUAGGAAAAUUAUAGACAGUCCAGAGGGCCCAGCUGUAAAUGCUGAUGUCUCUGUGCCGUUGGUGUUCCGAGGGGAAGAAGUGGCUGCAUUGGCACAGGAAGACUUGCCUGUUAAACUGUCUCAGGUGCCAGCCCCGCCGGGUAGUGCGAACGUGGCCACCAGUUUUCCGGCACAUGUAUUUGAGCCAGCUGUGUUGUUAACACCACCCAGGCAGAAGAGCAGCUCCGGAUUCUCUCCCUUGCAGGAAGUAUUGAGGAGGACUGUUCAAACUCGCCCUGCUCCACAAAUUCCUCCAACUGUGGAAAUAAUUGAGAAGGAACAAAAUUGGGAAAGGAAGACUUUACCUACUGGCACAGACAAUCAGAAUCCAAAUGAAGAAAGUCACCUCUUCACUCAGAGGUGGAGGGUCUCUCACAUGGGGGAAGAUCUGGAGAACAAAGUCCAGGCUCCUUUUGUUAACCUCUCACAGCCCUUCUACAGUUCCCAUUCACACACUCAGCAGGCCAGAAACCCCGAGUUCUCAGAAGAGCCCCCGGUACUGGGAGAGGGGCAACAGCUUAGAGCAAAUGAGGCGUUAAUACAAAGAAAGGAGAUCAUGGCCCGGAUCGCAGAGUUGACACUGCAGAACUCAGCUAUCAAAGCACAUCUGAAUAAUAUUAUUGGGCCAGGAGGAGAGCAAGGGGAUGGACUUCGGGAAUUAAACAAACAAGAGACCAGUCAUGCAAGCGACGUGGCUGCAACUUAUCCAACAACACAGCCUUUCACACCAAGUAGCAUGGAGGAACGGAUUGCAGAAUUGAAUCGGCAGAGUAUGGAGGCUCGUGGAAAACUCUUGCAGUUAAUAGAGCAACAGAAACUUAUUGGUUUGAAUCUUUCUUCCCCACCAGUAUCACCUAUUCCAUCACCUCUCAGAGCAUGGACUGAAGGAGGAAAGAGGACGAUUGAAGUAUCCAUUCCAGGAGCAGAAGCCCCAGAAAGCUCAAAAUGCAGUACUAUCUCUCCUACCAGUGGGAUAAAUUCAAGAAGGUCUUCAGGGGCUACUAGUAAUUCUUGUUCUCCAUUAAACGCCACCUCAGGAAGUGGGCGAUUCACUCCUGUUAAUCCAAGAGCAAAGAUUGAGAAGCAAAACGAAGAAGGCUGGUUUGCUCUUUCUACCCACGUGUCAUAAAUGAAGUUAGUUGUACAGUUUGUUCUUGGUAGCAUGUUCUUGAACUUCCACUCCCAUAUCCCUGCCCCUGCAUGCAAGUUUUCACGUCCCUUUAGAUAAAACCUUCAAAGAUCUUGUGACUUAGUACUUAUGGAACAAAGAAUAAAGCAGUUAUUUCAGUUUGGACCUUUGCAAAUAAAUUUCCAACAACUAACCAACGUACAACCUCCUUUGAAUAAAAUUUUGACUAUAGGAAAA